UUCGAGGUUAGAUGACCUCCGGAAAAAUGCGAGAAAAACUCAAAAAAUCGCUAGUUUUGGCCAACAAUUUAGCCGACGCAACUUACAAAAAACUCCUCGAAAAUUGUUUUGUCACCUUGACUGGUUUUCCAGAACCUCACAACAUUUCAACCCUUUACAACUCCAAACCCGACCAAAUUAAUGAAUUAUAUGCAGCUUUAUUGGCCCUAACUGCAAAUUUGAUCCAAACCGGACAAAAUAAGGUAAAUACGAGCCAAUUUUUAAACGAAUGUCACUUCAGUGCGAGCAAAACGGCCCUAUUUUUGGAUUUUUACGAAAAAAAUCGCUGCGAAAUCGAAGUCAAUCUUAUCAAUAUUGGAAAUCACUUGCCUCAUGUUACGGACAUUACGUGGAAAAUUGAUUACAUAAUUAAGUCGAGUUAUUUGGACAGUAGUCAAGGCCCGCUCUUCAGAAUUGGAUUACAGACGGAAAAAUAUGAUUGUGAAAAUGAGGGCAAAAAAAUUGAUUUUAUUCAAUUCACUUGUGAUAGUCAGGAAUUACAGGAUUUGGUUAAUAAACUCAAAGACGCUGUGAGGCAUUGCCAAAGAAUCGGAAGUGAACAUUAAGUGAUUACUUUAUCAUUCCUUUUUAUUGAAAUUUAUUUGAUUAUUAUGUAAAUGUGGACUAGUUGAUAAUUAUUUGUAUAAAAGGCUUUACAUACACCUUAAAUAAAUCUAAAAAUGUA